AUGGAGUGUAACAUCCUCGACCAGAACCAGACGUACGACGUGCACGAAUUCUUCGACUACAACAACAACCGAGACCUCGUCAAGCAGUACUCCGGAAGUCAGGAGAUCGAGGUUCACUACGACUACAACAUCAACGAGGUGAUCUUCAUCCUCACACAGCCAAACGCCGACCCACAAUGCCAGGCGACAACACUGAGCGCACACCCGAACGUCCUCAUGUUCGGAGACAGGGUCGUGAACGGCGGGAACCACAUCUUCAGUCCUUCGGGCGCCUUCCACUUCAACCAGGACGGCGUGAUCGAGGUGUACAAGAACAAGGACGUCGUGCGCGGCAUCAACGUUGACAAGUGGUACUCCUGUCAAUACUGGAGCAAGAUGAACGCAACCAUGAACAUCACGUGGUACUUCGCCGACGCUAAUACUUGGGACACAUCGAUUGGUCUCAAGCAGGCCCCCGUGCGCUGCCACGUGACUAGUGAUAUA